AUGUACAUCAAACAGUCCUAUGCUGGUCGCGAACCAACAAUUGUCGGUCCACUUUCUCCCCAAUACAACGUUGUGGUGGGUCGUAAUGGUUCCGGAAAGAGCAAUUUCUUUGCAGCGAUCCGAUUUGUACUUAACGAUGCAUAUGCAAGACUUGGUGCUGAGGAACGCCUUGCACUAAUUCAUGACGCCGAGGCUGCUGGGACAGAUGCUACCGCAUGGGUAGAGAUUCUCUUUGAGAACAGUGACCUGCGCAUUCCUACUGGAAAGACAGAGGUCGCUAUUAAACGCACACUCACCCGACAGGCCGACCAUUUUUCCGUAGAUGGACGCGUGUUGACGCGAGGAGAACUCAACAGUCUAUUGCAGGCAGCAGGGUUUUCACAAAGCAAUCCGUUCUACAUUGUGCCGCAAGGUCGAAUCACGGCACUUACCAAUGCCCGUGAUGAGGAGCGGCUUGCCCUACUCAAGGAGAUCGCUGGUAUGACUACUUAUGAGGGCCAUCGGGCUGAGGCAUCCAAGAUUCUCUGUGAAUCGGAUUCCCGAAUUGCAAAAAUACGUGAAAUGCUCACCGCUAUCUCUGAGCGACAUGAAGAGCUUAGUGAGGAACAGAGAAAGCUGAUUUCUAUGGAACGGGCAGAUGAAGAGCGGCGUGCAUUAGAAUAUACGCUGCUUACGCGUGAGCAGGCAGAAGUCCAGAGCGCACUGGAGGCACAAGGUGAUUUCCCCGCCGCAGAAAGCAGUUCUUCCACUUUUCGGGAACUUGAGGAGCGUGCGGGUCGCGCACAAGAAGCUCGAGCCACCCUUACUCAAGCUACAGAAAUGUUACAAACCAUGCUUCGCCAGCAACAUACCAUCGUGCGAGAGCGUCGUGCUGCCCUUGCUGAUGGCGAUACAACUACCAUGUCAGCACCUGAUGCUGCUUCGCAGAGCUAUUCCAUCUCCACACCCGAUACGCAUGACAUCCUGCAUCCCACUAACACGUCCACGCAUGUUAUCAGUCGCCUAGAAGAAGAAAAGGCGGCACUGGAAGCACGGGCGGAAAUCAUGGGGCGCGAGCUGUCUGUGUACACGGCGCGCCUCGAACAUUAUGUGGAACAGGAAGCCGAUCUCGAGAUGCGCAUUGCACAAAUCCAAUCUCGUUCUCCAAAGAUGCUGGCAGCAUUGAAAAUAGAGCUGGAAAAUACGAUUGCCGCCAAAAGCUCUCUGUUAGCUGAGCGGAUUCGCCAUCAGGAACAACAAGCACAAUUGACAGCAGCUCUCAACAAUCAAGAACAGAAAGUCAUCCCGGAAGCGCAAACAUCAUUACAAGCAACUAAAGCGCGAGCAGCCCAGCUGGCCACCGCUCGCCGCGCUCUUUGGCAAGAAGAGACAAAAAAUCGCGCCGUUCUCCCUGCAUUGCAGGAGGAAAUGUUGAGCGUAGAACGCGAGCUUUUUGCCACAGCUCCUGAUCGUGCCAUAUCGCUCGGGCUUUCCUCUUUACGCCGUAUAUUGGCAGAUCAUGACAGCAAAAGUCAGAAAGAAAACCAGACUAGUUCUCUGGAACACAAGUCCGUUGCUGCUGGUAUUUUGGGACCACUUUAUGAGCUCAUUUCGGUUGCUGAUCCUGUUUAUGAUGCGGCUGUUGAGGCCGUUGCUGGUGCACAGCUUUUCCAUGUAGUUGUAGAAAAUGAUGAUGUUGCGGCUGCUCUCGUUUCGGCAUUGGCUUCCCGAAAUGCGGGUCGCCUUACUUUUGUGCCCCUCAGCGCCAUUAGCGAAACAACGACGCAUGUUUUGCCCGCCGAUGAUUACUCCGUAGCGGAUAAUAUCCUGCCGAUGACGAAUAUUGUCUCUGCGCGCGAUGCACGCAUUGAGCCUGUAUUACGCUCCAUUUUUGGAAACACUGCAAUCGUAGAGAGUCUCGAUGAAGACGGGCCCGCGGGGAUGACCCGGCCGCCCACCCAUUCGUUAGUCACGCUGGAGGGUGAUCGAAGAGAUCGCAGGGGCGCCAUCACAGGAGGCUAUGUAGAUACUCGACGUUCGCGACUUGCGCUUGUAAGGCGAAUCACAGCAUUGCGGGAUCAGAAAAUUGCACCCAUUUUGGCGACCCUUUCUUCGAUUGAGGAACGCAGCGAAAAGAUCGACCGGGAGGCUGCUCAAGCAGCUGGAUCGAUUGCUCAGUUGGAGGUGGCGCUGCAGCGCUAUCAUAUCGCUGCAGAGAGGCUCAGAGCCGAGUUAACUACAGGACAACGGUUUGCUGAUGAGAGGUUUGAUGCUGACGCUGAUUCUCUCCAAAAUGAGCUUGCUUUGUUGCGUGUACGUCUCGCGAACCUGCAAAAAGAUACUGACCUCGAUCUGAGUCAAGCUACAGGCGGUCAGUUAGACACAAAUUCGAGCCAGAAUAGGGUCCUUGCUGACCACAUGGAGGAAAAAUUGCUAGCCUUGCGGCUAGGUGGCGAGCGCGAAACAUUGCGGCAGCAAGUAGAGCGCCUGCGUGCUGAAUUGAUAGUCCGUGUUCAGGGCCGCCUCGAGGCCAUCGUAAACCGAGAAUUACCUGCAGCCAAAAGCGCAGCAGCAUUACUGGAGGCCUCACGCGCUCAACAGGCCACAUGGCGAGAACAAUCCGAGGCGCUGCUAGCAGAAGCAGAACAGGGAUAUGUAGCCAUGAAAGCUGAGUUUGAACGGGUCUCAGCAGCCCUUGAACAGGCCGUUGUAGAACAGGAGGCAGCUGAGAUGUCGCUAGAAGCUUUCCGUAUGAAACACGCCCAUGACUCUGCUGCAACAACGCGGCUACAUUCACAACGUUCCACCUGGACCAUGCGGCUACAAGAAAUCGAUCGACGCAUUCGUGAACUUGGACAUAUUCCUGCUGCCCAAUUAGAAGCUCUACGUUCUGAGCGCACUCAAUUGCUACGGGCACGUCUUUGUUCUACCAGCAAUCCACAGCUCGGGAUUGGUGCCAUCGUUGGGCGACGCACUGCGGGUGAACAGCAGCUGGCAGCGAUGGCCAAGCAACGCAUUACGUUACAGGAACGUGAGCGCGAGCUCACCGCGUCUGCCACAGCUAUCCAGUCGUAUAUUGCCACACUUGAUUGUCAAAAGGAUGCUGUAGUGUUGCGGACGUUUGAGUCUCUCGCUGCUGCGUUUGCUGAGAUUUUUGCGGAAAUUGUGCCUGGAGGCUCUGCAUCUCUUAUUCUGACGCGUCGCUUUUUCGAGCAGGAUGAGAACGUACCAACUACCAACCCAUCCGUGGGUCCAUCAGAAACAUCUUUAAAAGCAAAUGGAUUACAAAAUGACCCAAAAAGAAAUUUUCUUGCGCUUGCAGCUGAGGCGGCCGUUCACGAGUCGACCCUCUUAUCAGCCACACAAGCUGCAGAAUGGACAGGGAUCUCUGUUAAGGCGAGCUUUGCUCCGGGGGCAUCAUCUCUCUCCACGGGGCUGCUCUCUGGCGGCCAGAAAAGCGUUAUCGCAUGUGCAUUAAUCUUUGCCAUCCAGCGCUGCGAUCCUGCACCAUUUUAUAUCUUUGAUGAGAUCGAUGCAAAUCUCGAUGCUCCGCAUCGCACAGCCAUCGCUUCCAUGAUUUCGCGCCUUUCGUUGCCGCCAUCCUCCACCACGGCAGGCUCCUCAGCAGUAGGAGCACAAUUCCUGGUGACAACGUUUCGACCAGAACUAGCUGUACAUGCCGACCGCUUCUUUGGAAUCUCUCUGCUUUCACGUGUCUCCCGCAUCAGAGAAAUCCAACGCGAGGAAGCCCUCGACUUUAUUGUUCGCGAUGCUGAAUAA